GUAAGAGCGUCCAAGUUCUCUUCAUGUAAGAAAGUGGGGUCCCCUUCUCUCUCCUCUUCUAAAUCCCAUCCAACUCACCUCUUUCUCCUCUCCCACGAAACAACGGCGCUUUCUCUCUCUACAUGGUUUGUGGUUUGGCAUUGCCAAAUACACAAAGGGUAUUGUUCAAAAGGUUAUUAAGAUUCCCUGCAUACGACCGCAACACUUCGUUUUUUUUUUUCUUUUCUUCACCUGGGUUUGCCUGUGGCGUAGAGACUGCGUUUUCCUCUCUGUUGUUUUCGAUUUUCUACCGGCACUGGUCUUGAGGAGUGGUUUUCCGCAAAAGGGUCGCACCCGGUUUCUUGCUACAGCGCCUCGUGCCACAGUGAAGAUGCCCUUUUUUUAAUUGAUAUGUUGGGAUUUGGUGGCUCCUUCAAGUGGGUUUCUUUCUUUGGUCUUCCCAAUGGUGGAGGGAAAGGUUGAGAUCUGAUGGAGGAGUGAUGUCUGAUUGCAUUAAGGGGCUGUAAUUCCUCAGGGCAAUACAAUUGAAAGGGAGGAGGUUGGGUGGUCACUGGGGAGUGCUAUGGCCCAUUAAAUUAUAUCCUUUGAUGGAUUGAGGAAGCAGCAACAUAUUGGAUCAAUGUUAAAAGCAGUGGCAUCUGGGCUGUUGAUUACCUCUGUCCUCAUAUGCGUAUCUGCUAAUGAUAAUGGAUUUCCUAGAUGUAACUGCGAUGAUGAGGCCAGCUUCUGGACUAUUGAAAGCAUUCUGGAGUGUCAGAGAGUUGGUGAUUUCUUGAUUGCUGUGGCCUACUUCUCCAUCCCCAUUGAGCUGCUUUAUUUUAUCAGUUGCUCAAACGUCCCAUUCAAAUGGGUCCUGAUUCAGUUCAUUGCCUUCAUUGUACUAUGUGGGUUAACACAUUUGCUCAAUGGGUGGACCUAUGGUCCUCACACUUUCCAACUUAUGGUGGCACUUACUGUCUCUAAAAUUCUCACUGCAUUGGUGUCAUGUGCCACCGCCAUAACCCUCAUUACUCUGAUUCCUUUGCUUCUCAAAGUGAAGGUCAGAGAGUUCAUGCUGAAGAAGAAGACAUGGGAUCUUGGACGUGAGUUUGAUAAUAUUAUGAGGCAAAGGGAGGCUGCAGUGCAUGUAAGAAUGCUUACUCAGGAGAUACGCAAGUCACUGGAUAGACACACUAUUCUGUAUACCACUUUGGUGGAGCUGUCUAAAACACUGAGCUUGCAAAAUUGUGCUGUGUGGAUGCCUAAUGUUGAUAAAACUGAGAUGAACCUUACUCAUGAAUUAAAUGGAAGGAAUUUCAAUUUGUCUAUACCCAUUAAUGAUCCGGAUGUUGUGAGAAUUAAGGGAAGCGACCGGGUGAAUAUACUUAGCCCCGACUCAGCACUUGCUGUUGGAAGUAGUGGAGCUUCUGGAGAGGCAGGACCAGUUGCGGCAAUCCGAAUGCCUAUGCUACGUGUUUGUAAUUUCAAAGGAGGUACACCUGAACUAAGACAGACUUGUUAUGCAAUAUUGGUCUUAAUUCUUCCUACUGGAGAGCCUAGAUCUUGGAGCAAUCAGGAGCUGGAGAUAAUUAAGGUGGUUGCUGAUCAGGUUGCAGUGGCUCUAUCUCAUGCUGCAAUUCUUGAAGAGUCCCAACUUAUGAGAGAGAAGUUGGAGGAACAAAAUCGAGCUUUGCAACAGGCUAAAAGGAAUGCUAUGAUGGCAAGCCAGGCAAGAAAUGCAUUUCAGAAAGUCAUGAGUGAUGGAAUGAGAAGGCCAAUGCACUCAAUUUUGGGAUUGCUUUCAAUGAUACAAGAUGAUAAUUUGAAGAAUGAACAGAAACUUAUCGUGGAUGCAAUGCUUAGGACCAGCAAUGUCCUAUCAAACUUGAUAAACGAUGCCAUGGACAACUCAACUAAGGAUGAUGGAAGAUUUCCUUUGGAGAUAAGGUCUUUUGGGUUACAUUCCAUGCUGAAGGAAGCAGCUUGCCUUUCAAAAUGCAUGUGUGUUUAUGGGGGCUUUGGUUUUAUGGUUGAGGUUGAGAAGUCUCUGCCAGACAAUGUUAUGGGUGAUGAGAGGAGGGUUUUUCAGGUGAUUCUACAUAUGGUUGGGAAUCUACUACAGCACAACCACGGGGGAGGGAUCCUAGUAUUUCGGGUUUUUGCAGAAACUGGAAGUCAGGGAAGAAGUGACAAAGGGUGGACAGCCUGGAGACCAAGCUCUUCUAGUGGUGAUGUAAAUAUUAGAUUUGAGGUAGGGAUCAACAGUAGUGAUUCUGAAGUGGGGAGUUCGUCAGGACUUGGGGGUAGGAAUUAUAACAGUGAUAGAGUUGGCGGCAGAUUGAGCUUCAAUAUUUGCAAGAGGGUAGUGCAGUUGAUGCAGGGGAACAUAUGGUUAGUACCUUGUGCUCAUGGUUAUCCUCAAAGCAUGACACUUCUUCUUCGGUUUCAAUUACGACCAUCCAUUACCAUAGCCAUCUCUGAGCCUGGAGAAGGUUCAGAGCGUACCGAUUCGAAUUCAAUGCUGAGAAGUCUGCAAGUUCUUUUAGUGGACAAUGAUGAUGUAAAUAGAGCAGUGACCCAAAAAUUGCUUCAGAAACUAGGUUGUGUUGUAACUCCAGUUACUUCAGGAUUUGAAUGCCUUACUGUCAUUGGACCUGCCGGAUCUUCCAUUCAAGUCAUUCUUUUAGAUCUUCACAUGCCUGAUUUAGAUGGCUUUGAAGUUGCCACGAGGAUUCGGAAGUUUAGAAGUGGAAAUCGGCCAAUGAUCGUAGCCUUGACUGCAAGUGCAGAAGAAGAUUUGUGGGACAGAUGCAUGCAAGUUGGUAUCAAUGGAGUUAUCCGAAAACCAGUUUUGUUGCAAGGAAUUGCUAGUGAACUCAGAAGAAUCCUGAUGCAGGGAAAUAAUAUCCUGUGAGAAUGGAGGGUGCAAGUUGUAACACUUAAGCAUAAAGUAUUUAAGUUAUUUUAAGGCACAUUCUUGGUAGAAUUAGAACACAGCACUCUUUGGCUCUCCCUCGUGCUAGCAAUUUUCAGCUUAGAGAUGUUAUUAUUAUACACACGAUUUUCAUAAGAAAAAAAAAAUGGUAUACAGAUCAGUUCCUUUCCAAU